AUAAUGUCUAGGCUUCAAAUCAAAAACUGACAUUGAAUUUUAGCUUUCAAAGGUUGUGUGGUGCCGGUUAGAAACAUUUAUUACAACGUUCCUUUCCCCAGACCACAUAACAACAGCUCACAAGAGGGUGAAACAAAACAAAAUAGGGAUAAAAAAGAUGUAAAGAAAAAACUGCAUCGAUUGAUGCAUGGCCAUUUCAAUUUCUUUAAACCCAGGUGCCCGGCUAUGCAGGUGAGAAAAUACAGCUAAUUAGUAGGCAUUGUAAAACAGUUCAGAUUCAGACUUCCAUAGAAAAUGGCUUCAAGGGAUGGUGCUCACAAGGAGUCUGUCAAAUCUUACUCAAAAUAUGCAAAUUGUGAGAAAUCAAUGUUGAAUGCUGGAAAUGAAAGUAUUCCUAUUACACUUGGAACUAUUUCACGGGGGGAAAAGCACGGCAUACAUGAUGUUGAUGAGCUUCUUGAGUGCCUCACUUGUGCAAAUUCAAUGUAUCCUCCUGUUCAUCAGUGUCAAAAUAGACACAUAUUGUGUGCAAACUGCAAAAGAGCUCACAACUGGGUGGAGAAAAUUGGUGAAUCCUUGCAACUCCCGUGCAGAUACCAAAGUCUCGGGUGUCACGAUUUGUUUCCUCACCCCAUAAAAGGCAAGCACGAAAAACAUUGCUCGUUUAGGCCGUACAGCUGUCCUUAUGCCAGUUACGAUUGCUGUGUAACCGGUGAUAUUCCCUCACUAGUUAAUCACCUACGCGAGGAUCACUCGGUCGACAUGCAUGAAGGAUCUACUUUUAAUCAUAGAUAUGUCAAAUCAAAUCCCCAUGAAAUUGAUAAUGCUACAUGGAUGCUAACUGUAUUGAAGUGUUUCGGGAGAUACUUUUGCUUGCAUUUCGAGGCUUUUUUACUAGGAACAACACCUGUGUACAUGGCUUUCGUUCGUUUCAUGGGCGAGGAUGAUGAAGCAAAAAAAUUCAACUACUCUUUAGAAGUAGGGGCGUUUGGGCGUAAACUAGUGUGGCAAGGAAUUCCAAGAAGCAUUCGGGACAGUCACAGGCGAGUUCGUGAUAGCCAAGAUGGACUUAUCGUGCCCAGAAAGUUGGCACUUUUUUUCUCUCCUCAACAACUUAAGUUACGCAUGAUGGGUCGGAUAUGGAAACUCUGUCACGAUUGGUGGAAAAAUCCAAGGAUGUUGUGUUGUGGAGGUGCAGAGGAGGAGCCUAACGGAGGUCCUCCGCCUAAUCAAUUUACGGCCCCACCAAAAUCCGGUAACCCCUAUUCUGCUGCUGCUGCUGCUGCUGGAGGUAAUGAAAGAGGAGAGCCAGGAAAUUCAGCUGCAAGAAAUGGAGCACCCCAGAAAGUUUUGCCGAUCGAAAUACCGGCACUCUCAUUGGACGAGAUCAAUAGACGAACAGGUAAUUUCGGGACCAAAGCCUUCAUUGGCGAGGGAUCUUACGGUCGUGUGUUUUAUGCCAAGUUGAGCAGUGGACAGGAAGCUGCCAUCAAGAAGCUCGAUACCACUUCUUCACCCGACCCCGACUCUGAUUUUACAGCCCAGUUAUCCACGGUUUCAAGGAUGAAGAACGAACAUUUUGUGGGGUUGCUCGGUUACUGCCUCGAGCAAAACAAUCGAAUCUUGGCCUAUGAGUACGCCACAAAGGGUUCUUUACACGAUGUCCUGCAUGGUAGGAAAGGGGUGCAAGGGGCGGAACCAGGUCCCAUUCUUACGUGGAAUCAGAGGGUGAAGAUUGCACAUGGAGCUGCAAAAGGGCUCGAGUAUUUGCACGAGAAAUUUCAGCCAUCAAUCGUCCACCGUGAUGUAAGAUCGAGCAACGUGCUUCUGUUCGAUGAUUUUGUGGCCAAAAUAGCCGAUUUCAGCUUGACCAACCAGUCCUCGGAUACAGCUGCUCGUCUACAUUCAACUAGGGUCCUCGGCACAUUCGGCUACCAUGCUCCUGAAUUGAGUGAAGAUAAAGUGAAGCAGUGUGUGGAUCCCAAGCUUGAUGAGGAUUAUCCACCCAAGGCUAUUGCAAAGAUGGCUGCUGUUGCAGCACUUUGCGUGCAAUAUGAAGCAGAUUUCAGGCCAAAUAUGACUAUUGUGGUGAAGGCUUUGCAGCCCCUUUUAAACUCUAAACCUGCUGGCCCUGAUUCUCGUGCAUAA